UCAUGCCUGCAUGCCUGAGGGAUAACUUUUAAACUAGCUUGCAAGAACAGUCCGACUCAAUUAUGAUAACUUUUCCAGUUUUGAAUUUGUGUAUAGAGCAGCAGUAGAAAUUGACCUGCUUUGUUCAUGCCGAAAUGGAUUGACAAUUAGAGUUCCUGAGAGAGAUUUAAUGAACAGAAUAAAUAUAAAGAACAUUAAAGGAAAAUGAAAGUGUCAUUGAGAAAAAUAAUCUAAUUAAAUUAUGAGCCUCUAAAAAUGCUUAACACAGCAUUUGGAGAUAUCAUUAUAUACCAUAAUAUUGUUUACUUCAAUACGGCUUUCUGUCUAAACCCUAGAUACACGUGUUGAUCUCAAUUAACUAACUCAUAAUUUUUGUGCCCAAUUAUGCCCAUUGAAUUUUUCACAAACAGGGAAGUCAUCACAUUUUCCAUUAAUAGAAAUGAUUUACAACACAAGAGGGCCACAAAUACAGUUGAAUUAAAUUCCCUUUAUUAUUUUAGCAGCUAUUCCAUUUUCCAGGAUUCUUUCAGCAGGUCUGUUACUUAAAAUAGCUUUCCAAUACUCCUUUAGAAUAAACAAAUGGUUACAGAAAGUGAACAGAGAAGGUGAAAUGGAGGGUUUUUUUAUAUACACCGGUAAUACUGAUUUUAGAAUUUGGUUGGGAUAAGUUAAGGAUCCAGGCUGAAACCCUUUUAAGUCAAGAUAAAUGGAGUCAGUUUCAGCAGAGACUGUGCCUCCAUACACAUAUUCAAAUUCUGGGAAUUCUCCCAGGUUUGUUCUCCUGGUAAGAAAACCUACCCAGAGAGACACAUGAACAGAUAUUUGGAUGCUGAGCCUUUGAAGAGCAGAGAGCUUGCAGUGCUGAUGGCUAAUGCUGAACAGCCAGGGCCCCCGCCUGCCCCAUGUAAAAUUCUCAGCAUACUCUGCAGGCUCCUCCAGUCUGCCCAGAAGCACAUAGGGGGUACCCCUGACUGGUUGACUUGGACUACCUGUUUCCCUGCUUUUUAUUUUAUUUAUAUAAGUUACACAGUAUAGUGGCAGUGCUAUAAUAAAUAAUUUCAGCUUUUAUUAGAAAACAUACAAGAAAACCAAACUAAACUAAACCAUCUCUAGCUGUUAUUAUUUGCUCAUAGAUACAUAAAUAAAUAAAAUGUUCCAGGUCAAAUUAGCCAGAUCAGUCCCAAAUCCUUUGAAUUGUUCCAUAUUGGCCAUGUUCCUGGCAAGCGUAUGUGGCCUUGCUACCAGCAAGUAUUGAUAAAGGACUGCUGUCAGACCUUACUGAUAUAUAAACAUUCCAUGGAUUUUAGAAUACCAUUUUUUUUUUUUAUUAAAUAAAUGAAACAGAUUGUGAUCCAACAUACGUGUAAGUAUGGCUUAAGGCUAAUGGUUGUUGCUUCCAAUAUAUCCUUUAUGGCACACCGAGGAAAUUGGGGUCAGCAGCUCUCUCCCUUCCUGGGUUGGGAGAGAUGCAUCUUCCAGAGCAUUUGCCAUAACUAUUUUCUUUUGAAAUGAAAAUGCUUUAGGCUAGCAGCUACAUACCUGCUAAAAAUCAGCAGGGUACAACUGCACAGCAGUGUUUAGAUCAUGGUAAUAAAUUCUCACUCAUGAAUGGAUGGAUCUGUGCAACCUUCCUGCAUCCCCUUGAAGCUCAAAAAGAAUUCACUGAAAUCCCAAAUUUCACCAAAGAUGCCAGAAACAUGAUGGCAGACAUCUUGUUUCUUCAUGUUGUGGUGAUGGACGCUUAUCAAAUUGUUUGACGUAUGGAAAAUAACAUGCGGUUUUUACAUGGCACUUCACAUGUUCAUACCAUUGCAGAGAAAUAUACUAGGUACUGAAUCCUCAUGAAGAUGCUGAAUAGGUUAGUGUUUUCCUUACUUUGCUGAUGGGAAGUGAUUUGGUCAAAAUCAUACCAAGUCAGUGACAAAGACAGAAUGCAGGCCUGCCCAGCUUCUAGCUCCUUGCACAUAUUUUUGCAGACUGGUAUCUUCCAGCCUUUGGGAAAGAUGAGUGGGAAGACAUCUUCUGAGUUCUCUCACUGUUAAGAAUAUGUAUAUUGUAUUCUAUUCUGCUGCUGCUGAGCGUGUGGAAGGAGUUUGACAGGAAGAGAAAUCACCAGAUGAUCUCAGUGAUUCAUCUAAGAUACAUAGUCACAAGUCAUUAGUUUGGGUUUUUCUUAUUUUGCUCCAACAGCUUUAAAUUGUUACUGGUAGAUGUUUUGCGUGCUAGAUUGUCAACACUGUUUUGUCUAGAGUGGGAAACAGAGAAAAGGAAAUUUAUCUGAGAACCCCCGAGUAGAGAUAAAAAGUGUAUGUAAUACUUUUAUGGGCAGCGUAUUUCUUUUUUCUGUCUGUAAUAACCAGUAAUAAUAUCAGCCUGCACUACAGUCAGCAUUUUUCUUUGCAGUUUGUGAAUGAGUUCACUGAAUGAAGUGAGAUUUAGUUUAUAGUUAUUACUCUUUAAAAAUGGUGCAGGAUGAUUCCAUAAACCAUAAGAGAAGGUCCUUCUGAGGAUAAAAAAGCAGAUGCUUGCAAGAAUAUCAUAUAAACUUAAUUCCUUUGGCAAUGAUCUGUUUUAGCUUUGAAGGGAAAAGGUACAUUGCUGGAGUCUGAUUUCCAAACAGCUUGUGUCUAGGAAAUAUUAUAGAGCUGGGGUUAAACUGGAAAGUUUUGACUAUUUGUUAACCUUUGCCAAAAGUUGACAUUGCUCAGAUCUUAGGGUUUAAGCUGCAUCCUAUGAAUGAAAUUUAUAGUUGUCCUAGAAGAUAGAGAUGGAAACUGAGCAAAGCGAGUUUUUUUUCCCCAGACAUAUAUGUAGUAGAAAUACUUUUGAAAGUGAUGUCUUUAUUUAAAGCUUCAGAUCAAACAGUUUACUAUCAUUUUUAGAAGCAGCAAUGGUAUGAAAAAUAUCUAUUCCAAUUCUCUUAUAAAUCCCAGAGUUAAAUCAUCAGUAUCAAUUUAUUAAGAGUUAAACUUAAAUUCCUGGCAUUAUUUUUUGUUCAGAUGUUUUGCUCUUCUCUGUUUCACUUUAGAUCCAUUGCAGACAUGUUGGAAGCCCUUUGUGAAUUAAUUUUGGUUUUCUUCUGCUAUCAAGUUGAUUCAGUAGAACUUCAAGGAGAAGGACAUUAUGUUGCUGCUGUGUAUGAACAUGAAUCCAUACUGAGUCCUAAUCCAACAGCCCUCACUGAUCGACAGUCUGCAUUAGAACUAAUGAGAAGAAACCUAGACAUCUACGAAGAGCAAGUAAUAGCUGCAGCCAAACAAGGGGCGCAGAUCAUUGUCUUUCCUGAAGAUGGAAUCCAUGGCUUCAACUUCACCAGAAAGUCAAUUUUCCCUUACUUAGAAUUCGUUCCACAUCCCCGCUCCAUGACAUGGAAUCCAUGCAGACAGCCACAUCUGUUCAAUGAUACAGAGGUUCUUCAGCGACUGAGCUGCAUGGCAUUGAGAAAUAAAAUAUUCCUAGUGGCAAACAUAGGAGCUAAGCAGCCCUGUGAGCACAGUGAUGUACGCUGUCCACCUGAUGGCAGAUACCAGUUUAAUACAGAUGUUGUGUUUGAUGACAGUGGUACGCUGGUAGCUAGAUACCGCAAACAAAACCUGUAUUUUGAGUAUUCCUAUGAUACCCCAUCAAUAGUUGAUUAUUCAAUUUUUGAUACACCUUUUGCUGGCAAGUUUGGCAUAUUCACUUGUUUCGAUAUACUCUUCUAUGAGCCUGCAGUGAGACUUAUCAAGCAGUACAAUGUGAAGCAGGUUGUGUAUCCAACUGCAUGGAUGAACCAGCUCCCGCUCUUGUCUGCUGUGGAAUUUCAGCAAGCUUUUGCAACUGCUUUCAGCAUCAAUAUUUUGGCAGCUAAUAUCCACCACUCCACUUUGGGUAUGACAGGCAGUGGCAUAUACACUCCAUCAAAGUCCUUCAUUUAUCAUGACCUAAGAAGUCACAAUGGCAAGCUCAUAGUAGCGGAGAUCCCAGUGAUUACACCUGAUCGUGAAACCAAUUGGGAGAGUAGUACAAAAUAUGGGGAGACCAUAGAUCUCCCCAACAAAAAUUUUGCAAGUCUCCCUCUAAAUGAUCAAGUUUGUCAUAAAAAGGAUCAAGAGGCUCAUUGCACGGUAGCAGGUAAAGCAGAUGAAGAACUCUUGCCAGUAUUUUAUGCAGAGAUGAUGUAUGAUAAUUUCACUUUUGUUCCUGUAAGGGGACAAGAAGGGGAGGUCCAGGUUUGUGCCAACUCCCUCUGUUGUUACUCACAUUACCAGAGACCUGUUUUAUCUGAUGAAGUGUAUGCACUGGGAGUCUUUGAUGGGCUUCACACAGUGCAUGGCACAUACUAUGUUCAGGCCUGUGCAUUAGUGAAGUGUGGUGGCCUCAGCUAUAGCACCUGUGGGCAGGAGGUUACGAAUGCAACUGCUUUGAUACAUUUCCAGCUGUGGGGAAACUUCAGUACUUCCUAUAUCUUUCCUCUACUGCUGACAUCUGAUGUUACAUUGGACUUUCCUGACCACUUGGGUUGGAAAAACAACUACUAUUUCAUGGACAAAAAUGGAUUAUCCUCUGGCUUAGUGACAGCUGCUUUAUAUGGGCGAUGGUAUGAGAAGGACUAGCACAGAUAUCUGAUCCAACCAGAAAUCAUCUAAUCAGAAUUUUCGGUUUUGACAUCUAAACCGCGUGGCCUUAAUUUCAGAGAUGCUAAACACCUGCAUCCCUCAGGAUUUAAGUUAUUGACACUGAAGAUACGAUUCUAUUAUGAAGCAUCCACAUUAGAGAAUAUUGACUGAAUUCCUUUAUCUUCAGAACAGGUCAUAAACCCAGGGUCUCUACCUUGCUAAAAUAUCACCUACUAAAAACAAAACCACCUUCUCCCUCAGAACAAGAGACCAUAUUUACAUUUGACAAGAGACUUUUUUAUUAUGAAAAUGCAGCCCCUCCCGUAACAUACACUGAAGACGUGAUUAACCAAUUAAUCACAUCUUCAGUUGUAAUAACCCAGCCAUACACUAAAGCAUUUAAUGGUAGCAUAAAACAAGGAAUAAGCUGUAAAGUUAUACCACAAAAAAUGUCUAAUAACUGGGUGGCUGGUUCCUGUCAUGGCAUUAAUUGAACGUGUGGCCAACUUGCUACUUUUCAGUGCACCAGCAAUAAGGCACAAUGGGAUCUGAAGCUCAAUCCCACAAUCAUGCCUCUUGCCA